AUGAAACAUCACGAGUGUCUAGAAUGUGGGAAAAUAUUCAAUCGUCUGGCUCAUUUGAAGCAACACAUGGUGAUGCAUACAGAUGAUAAACCUUUCGAGUGUGUUGAGUGCAUGAAAAAAUUUAGAUACCAAAGUAAUAUGUUGUAUCACAUGAAGGUGCAUACGGGAAAUAAACCCGACAAUCCUUUCGAGUGCCAAGAGUGUGGGAAAAGCUUUAGCCGCCGUAGCCAAAUAAUAAGUCACAUGUCAGUGCAUACAGGUGAUAAACCUCAUGAAUGUCCAGAAUGUGGGAAAACGUUCAGUCAUCCUGAAUAUAUGAAGAGACACAGGAUGGUGCAUACGACUGUUAAGCUUCAUGAAUGUCCAGAAUGUGGGAAAACAUUUAGUCGUCAUGAUCAUAUGAAGAAACACAUGGUGAUGCAUACAGUGGAUAAACAUCAUGAAUGUCCAGAAUGUGAAAAAACAUUCAGUCGUCCUGAAAGUAUGAAAAGACACAUGAGGGUGCAUACGAAGGAUAAACCUUACGAGUGCCCAGAAUGUGAGAAAACCUUCAGUCGUCUCGAAGGUAUGAAAAGACACAGGAUUGUGCAUACUGAUGUUAAACGUUUUGAGUGUGCGGAGUGUGGGAGAAGAUUCAAAGAUCGUGGCGGUGUAUUAAGUCACAUGAUAACGCAUGCGGAGGAUAAACUUCACGAAUGUCCCGAGUGUGGAAAAACAUUCAGUCGUCUAGAAAAUAUGAAACAACAUACGAUGGUGCAUACGGAUGAUAAACCUCACGAGUGUCCAGAAUGUGGGAAGGGAUUUAAAGAUCGACGCAAUAUGAUGAGACACAUGUUAGUACAUGUGGAUGCUAAACCUCAUGAAUGUCCAAAGUGUGGAAAAAGAUUUAGAUAUCAUCAUAAUGUGAAAAAACACAUGUUAGUGCAUACAGGUGAUAGACCUCAUGAAUGUCCUGAUUGUGGGAGAGGGUUCAGUCUACUUAAUAAUAUGAAGGCACACAGGGUUGUGCAUUCGGAUGAUAAACCUUAUGAGUGUCCAGAAUGUGGGAAAACAUUUAGACACCGUUACGGUAAAAUAAGUCACAUGUUAGUGCACACGGAUAAUAAACCUCAUGAAUGUCCGAAGUGUGGGAAAAGAUUUAAGCAUCGUACAAGUAUGAGAAAGCAUGUAUUAAUGCAUUCAGGUGAUGAACCUCACUAG